UUUCUUUCUUUUCUCCUAGGAUCCUGCAGGAAUCUUUGAGUUGGUGGAGCUUGUUGGCAAUGGCACAUAUGGGCAGGUGUAUAAGGGUCGUCAUGUUAAAACAGGACAGCUUGCUGCUAUUAAGGUUAUGGACGUCACCGGGGAUGAAGAGGAAGAGAUCAAACAAGAAAUUAACAUGUUGAAGAAGUACUCUCACCACCGAAAUAUUGCUACAUAUUAUGGUGCUUUUAUUAAGAAGAACCCACCGGGAAUGGAUGAUCAGCUCUGGCUGGUGAUGGAGUUCUGCGGCGCGGGCUCCGUCACCGACCUCAUCAAGAACACAAAGGGGAACACUUUGAAGGAGGAGUGGAUUGCCUACAUCUGCAGAGAGAUUUUAAGGGGCUUGAGUCAUCUACACCAGCACAAAGUAAUUCAUCGAGACAUCAAGGGACAGAAUGUAUUGCUGACGGAAAAUGCAGAAGUUAAACUAGUGGAUUUUGGUGUCAGUGCUCAGCUGGACAGAACAGUGGGCAGGAGAAAUACCUUCAUUGGAACGCCUUACUGGAUGGCCCCUGAGGUCAUUGCUUGUGAUGAAAAUCCUGAUGCCACUUACGACUUUAAGAGUGACUUGUGGUCUCUGGGGAUAACAGCCAUAGAGAUGGCAGAAGGCGCUCCCCCUCUCUGUGACAUGCACCCCAUGAGAGCCCUCUUCCUCAUCCCCCGCAACCCAGCCCCAAGGUUGAAAUCCAAGAAGUGGUCUAAAAAGUUUCAGUCUUUCAUUGAGAGCUGCCUGGUGAAGAACCACAGCCAGAGACCGACGACGGAGCAGCUGAUGAAGCACCCCUUCAUCAGAGACCAGCCCAACGAGCGGCAGGUCCGCAUCCAGCUCAAGGACCACAUUGACAGGACGAAGAAGAAGCGAGGAGAAAAAGAUGAGACAGAAUACGAGUACAGUGGAAGUGAGGAGGAGGAGGAGGAAAAUGACUCUGGAGAGCCCAGCUCCAUCCUGAACCUGCCUGGCGAGUCCACGCUGCGUCGGGACUUCCUGAGGCUGCAGCUGGCCAACAAGGAGCGCUCGGAGGCCCUGCGCCGGCAGCAGCUGGAGCAGCAGCAGCGGGAGAACGAGGAGCACAAGAGGCAGCUGCUGGCCGAGCGGCAGAAGCGGAUCGAGGAGCAGAAGGAGCAGAGACGAAGGCUGGAGGAGCAGCAGCGGCGGGAGAAGGAGCUGCGCAAGCAGCAGGAGCGGGAGCAGCGGCGGCACUACGAGGAGCAGAUGAGGCGGGAGGAGGAGCGGCGGCGUGCCGAGCACGAGCAGGAGUAUAAGCGCAAGCAGCUGGAGGAGCAGAGGCAAGCAGAGCGGCUGCAGAGGCAGCUCCAACAGGAGCGGGACUACCUGGUGUCCCUGCAGCAGCAGCAGCAGCAGCAGCGGCAGGACCAGAGACCAGCGGAGAAGAAACCGCUCUACCAUUACAAAGAAGGGAUAAAUGCCAGUGAGAAACCAGCGUGGGCCAAGGAGGUGGAGGAGCGCUCCCGACUCAACCGACAGAGCUCGCCGGCGAUGCCACACAAGGUGGCCAACAGGAUUUCAGAUCCCAACCUGCCUCCUCGCUCAGAGUCCUUUAGUAUUAGCAGUGUGCAGCCGGCGCGGACCCCACCCCUGCUCAGACCCGUGGACCCGCAGAUUCCACAUCUGGUCACUGUGAAAUCCCAAGGAAGCUCCUUGUCUGGGUCUCAGUCACUGCAUGAACAGCCUGCAAAGGGGAUGGCUGGGUUUCAGGAGGCUCUGACGGUGACCUCUCACCGCACUGAGAUGCCAAGGCAGAACUCGGACCCCACCUCAGAAAACCCUCCUCUGCCCCCUCGCAUUGAAAAGUUUGACCGAAGUUCUUGGUUACGGCAGGAGGAAGACAUUCCACCAAAGGUGCCUCAGCGAACCACUUCCAUAUCCCCGGCGCUGGCAAGGAAGAACUCCCCAGGCAAUGGCAGUGCCCUAGGACCCAGGCUGGGCUCCCAGCCCAUCCGGGCAAGCAAUCCAGACCUGAGGAGGACGGAGCCCAUCAUUGAGAGCCCUCUGCAGAGGACCAACAGUGGCAGCUCCUCCAGCUCCAGCACACCCAGCUCCCAGCCCAGCUCCCAGGGCGGCUCCCAGCCGGGCUCCCAGGCUGGCUCCAGCGAGCGCAACAGAGUCAGAGGAAACGUCAAACCCGAAGGCUCCCCCGUGCUCUCCCACGAGCCCCCUAAGAUCAAGCAGGAAGACAACCGAGAUGUGACACGACCAAGCCGACCCGCUGAUCUGACGGCCUUAGCCAAAGAACUGAGGGAGCUGCGCAUUGAGGAGACCAAUCGCCCUCUGAAGAAGGUGACAGACUACUCUUCCUCCAGCGAGGAGUCAGAGAGCAGCGAAGAAGAGGAGGAAGAUGGGGAAAAUGAGACGCACGAUGGGACCGUGCCUGUCAGUGACAUCCCAAGGCUUAUACCAACAGGAAUUCCUGGAAGCAAUGAGCCAUACAACCUGGGAAUGGUGACAACCCACGGUCUAGAGACUUCCCAUGCAGAUACGUUUAGCAAUAUUUCAAGGGAAGGGACUUUAAUGGUGAGAGAGACCUCUGGUGAAAAAAAGCGUUCUGGCCACGCAGCCAGCAAUGGCUUUGCAGGCCACAUCAAUCUCCCUGAUCUGGUGCAGCAAAGCCACUCGCCUGCAGGCACACCGACCGAGGCCCUGGGGCGAGUCUCCACGCAUGCGCAAGACAUGGACUCGGUGCCUGAAUAUGGAAUGGGAAGUAGCACCAAAGCCUCUUUCACCCCCUUUGUGGACACCAGAGUGUAUCAGACCUCACCUACCGAUGAAGAUGAAGAUGAGGAUGAAGAGUCAUCUGCUACUGCACUGUUCACCAGCGAGCUGCUCAGACAGGAGCAGGCCAAGCUGAACGAAGCCAGGAAGAUCUCCGUGGUGAACGUGAACCCCACCAACAUCCGUCCCCACAGUGACACCCCAGAGAUAAGGAAGUAUAAGAAGCGCUUCAACUCGGAGAUACUGUGUGCUGCUCUGUGGGGUGUAAAUCUGCUGGUGGGCACAGAAAAUGGCCUGAUGCUGCUGGACCGAAGUGGGCAAGGGAAGGUCUACAACCUAAUCAACAGACGGCGGUUCCAGCAGAUGGACGUACUCGAGGGCUUGAAUGUCCUCGUGACAAUAUCAGGAAAGAAGAACAAGCUGCGAGUAUAUUAUCUCUCCUGGCUGAGAAACAGGAUUUUACACAACGACCCCGAAGUAGAGAAGAAGCAGGGCUGGAUCACGGUUGGGGAUCUGGAAGGCUGCAUCCACUACAAAGUUGUGAAAUACGAAAGAAUCAAGUUCCUGGUGAUUGCCUUAAAGAAUGCUGUAGAGAUCUAUGCUUGGGCUCCUAAACCAUAUCACAAGUUUAUGGCAUUUAAGUCUUUUGCAGAUCUCCAGCACAAACCGCUGCUUGUCGAUCUCACGGUAGAAGAGGGUCAGAGACUCAAGGUUAUCUUUGGCUCACACACUGGUUUCCAUGUGAUUGAUGUAGAUUCUGGGAACUCUUACGAUAUCUAUAUACCAUCUCACAUUCAGGGCAAUAUUACUCCUCAUGCCAUUGUCAUCCUGCCUAAAACAGACGGGAUGGAGAUGCUUGUGUGCUACGAGGAUGAAGGUGUUUAUGUGAACACCUACGGACGGAUAACUAAAGAUGUGGUGCUCCAGUGGGGAGAAAUGCCUACUUCUGUGGCCUACAUUCAUUCCAAUCAAAUAAUGGGCUGGGGAGAGAAAGCUAUUGAAAUUCGGUCAGUGGAGACAGGACAUUUGGACGGAGUAUUUAUGCACAAGCGAGCUCAAAGAUUAAAGUUUCUAUGUGAAAGAAAUGAUAAGGUAUUUUUCGCGUCGGUCAGAUCCGGAGGAAGCAGCCAAGUAUUUUUCAUGACCCUCAACAGAAACUCCAUGAUGAACUGGUAACAGAAGAGCCCUUGGCACUUACCUUCGUGGCAUUAUUUCUAAUUUAAAGGACAUUAAACACGUGGACUAACACUGUAGAGGCAGAUGCGGAGGGCCCUGAGGAUCACCGCUCCCCACGCUCCCCUGCCGCCCUGGGGAGGGCUCAGCACGCACCCCGCGCGUGGCUUGGGAUAGGGAAACCACCUCUGGAGGUCUCCCCAUUACGCUGUGUUAUAGUGGGUUAUGAGGUUUUUUCUUUUCUUUCUUUCUUCUUUUUUUGUUCUGUUUUGUUUUGGGUUUUUUGUUCGUUUUUGUUUUUUUCUUCCCAGCUUUUCUUUGUCCCCUACUUUGUAAGAACGGGGAAAGAAACCGUGUCAAAAAGUCUGUUUUUAAUUCUGUCUGCCUGCUAGCAUCAAAUAUAUAGUAUGUUGUAAAGUUACCAAUUAAAUCUGGUGAGAGACAGCACAAUAAAUGUACCUUUUAUCUUUGUGAUGAAGGCCAUAACCGUAUAGCUGGGUAAUUUUAGAAAUCUUUUGCCUUCACCAACAUUUACAUGUUGCUUUUGGCAGCAACGGCUUAACAGAUUUUUAAAGAAGAGAAAAAUAAUAGGUUUUUUUCCCCUCUUUUGGGAAAUGGAUUUUAAAUGGCUAAACUACUAGCCUUAGACUAAUAAAAAUCAGCUACCAUUUUUGUCAAGUCUGUCCAUCCAUAUUUCUAUAUGGAUCUUCACAUGAUGCUGUGUCGUGAUAGGGACAGCGGUGCCGUUUGAUGCCGGCGGGAGAGGGCUGGGAUGGAGGGGGCUGGGGGGCCUUGGGCACCCAUCCCACGGAGGGGCAGCCGGCCUGGGGACGGGCACAGAGCGAGCCGCCCGCUGUGCUGCUGAUCGGGCUUGUAAAGAGCUUAACAAUAUAUAUGUGUGUGGUUCCUUCGGCCAAGGGUCUGAAUCUAUACUCGUUUUCUGCCCCCUCCCACCCCCCGUGCUCCCUACGAAUUACCCAACAUACAGUGAAAGACGACAUCUGUGCCGAAAUGUGUGUGUGUUUAGUUGGGGUUGAAUCGUGUCCUUAUAAACUCUGCUCAGUUGAUUUACGUUUCAGUGCGUAUCUGGGGUUUUCUUUCUCAGUAGCUGCAAGCAUGGCCGCUGUGGUAUUGGGGUGUCGCAUAACAAGGUCUGUGUUGCUGGUUUUAACCUACCUCGUUUUGUUUGGGUUUUUUUUCGUUUUUCUUUUCGUUUUGUUCCGUUGUUUUGCUGUUGAUCACAGCACUGUUACCUCCAGCGACAUAUAGAGAGCUUAACUGGCAAUCUUGGUGUACUCAGUAACGAUGGCUUUAUUAAAAAAUGAUUAAAUCAACAGGA